UGUAGUGUUUUGUUUUCGAAUUCUGGUCUGAAAGCUGGAGACAAGGACUUUGCUUUGUCUUUGCGAAGAUUGAUUUGAGGUCAUCAUGGAUGACAGUGAGAAACACACACCGGGACCGUCCAGUGACAGCGACGAUGAGUUGCCAUCUAUGAGCGACGUCCUUUGGUCACCAACCAAACCAGCACCACUGCGUUCGCCGAUAAAGACAAGAGCCCAGGCAACGGCCAGCAGUCAGACGGCUUCUGAGCAAAUGCUGAGUCCAUUGAAGUCGUCUCCACUGCGGCCCGUCAUCACUCGACAGCCGUGUGCCGUGGCUGCAAAGUACUCCCUGGACAAUUUACUGAAGACCCACUCGAAGAAGAAAGAGAUGAAGGCAAUUGAUGAGGACUUGCGGGAGCAAAUCGAGCAUGGAGGCCUCUUAGCAAUGUCUGAAAAAGCUGAAGAUAUGGAUGCUGAUGUACCUGAUGAGCUUGGCCUGAUGAAGACUGCUGUGGAAGAUCUUAUCACGGACUCGAGUGCGCUGGUGCCUGAUUUCCCGCCGUGCGAAGAAAUCUUCAUGAGAGGUCACAAGAUUGCUGGUGUUCCCAACUUGUCGUAUCCCAAUGACUAUGAGCCGAACGAAUUUGAAAAGCUUGUUCAGGCAUUGAACAACAAUGGUGCUGUAUCAGAUCAGCUAGUUUCGCUUGAUAUGUUCAAGUUAGCAUAUGCCUCACGGCCAUGCGGACGUGAAAUCUUCGUCUGGCUCUUUCGCACAGCGGUUGUUCAUCCUGACAUGUGCAUGGCGGACAAGGCACGCGAGCAAGUCUGCUUGCUCAUCAAGAAGUGGGGCGAUAAGGAAUCAGUGUGUCUGCUGCAUGUGGAUGACGUCGUGUGGAUGAUGAAAGCAUACGGAGCUACGUGUGAUGUUGUGGCGGCAGAAGGAGCUGACAAUAUGCACAGGGAGCGCAUUCAGGCUGACUUUCCGCUUGCAACUGCAAGGAAGAGGAGUCACAGUGAUGUAGAAAUGAGCAGUGCGGUGGAGAACAGAACAUCUCAAGCUCAAGCAAGCGCGGAGACUGAAGUGAUUGGUUUCCACUUCUCUCUGAUGUUACAGAUGUUGGCUACCUCAGUGGAAACUAGGCCAUCCUUCUACUCCUCAGAUACACAUUAUCUUCUAUAUUUGUUACUGCGCUGCUCCUUGGACGCUUCCUGGAUGACGUGCUAUACAUCACUAACACCGUGUCUGGCCUGGCUGCUGGAGAUAUUCUCCGAUGACCAGUGGAAGAACGAACAGCUUGGUGUACUGUGCGAUGCUUUACUGGAUGUGACACCCCACCAUCAUCAGAUGUACAGCGUAGCACAGGCGUUGCCGCCCACCGCACGCGGACGACAACUGCAAAAGCAAUACUGUUUCAAAUGCCUGUUCUGCAUCGUGCUGAAUGAGCCAUUGGAGGGUGAAAGGCCAGUGGCUACGCUUCCAAGCAAGCCGGUGACUAUCCAGGUUUCCAGUUUAGUGGGACACAUCCGCAAAUGGAAAGUUGGUGCCAAGCUCCAGACCGACUACUACGCGUUUCACUCGUCUAUUCUCAUACUGGAUAUGUGCGUUGGCAGUGACAUGCUCUUGCCCAAGUACAAGGGUGACAUCCAAGUGCUUAUGCAGCUGCUCAACGUGCUGAAGCAUGACAUUCGUGAUUUGAACGGACAACACAUGGACAGAAUGAAGGUGAAAGACUUGCUGAUGAGGCUUCAUGUGCGUUACGAUAUCUGGCUGCAAGCCUCGCAGACAGCAGAGGCCAAGGUGGAUGAUUAUUUCAACCGGGGACUCCGCAACAGUACCGAAGAAGCUCUCCGGGUCGCUAAUCCACACCCAGACGCCGGGGUGAAUGAUUCAUAGGUAAUAAAAGCCAGCCUGACACACCGCCUUAUUCUGGAUACUUUUCUUUUUAGCUCACACCGUUCAAGAUGUUUUAAACUUUCCCCACUGCACACACUGGCCCUGUUUAGCAUGUUUUGCAUGGAAUGCUAAACAUGUUGCUUCUUUCUGUACUUGCUUUGUACACGUAGUCUUUGACCGCGUUCACUGUGUGUUGCUUGUGUUGCUGGUGUGUUCCUGUCUACUUUUUUAUGAGCUUUUUCUACCUGCUGUUUAGAACAACAUGUUCUUGAUCAUAAUUAUUGCUUUGCUACUCUUUUUUUAAUUUUUUUACUCGUUUGAAUAACCACUGACCUCCUUCUUGGUCUGAGUGUACAAUCUCUGUACUGAUUCGUAGUUAAUUGGUCUGUGAAGCGUCAUGCUAAAUCAAAACUAAGAGGCAAGUGUACCUUUACAAUAAGAGAAUAACAAAGUGCUUAGGAUCCUUGCUUUGCUGUC